CCGUGACAAGAAGAGGUAAAAAACACACCAUCUCUUGUUAUACCCUCUUGGCAGGAGAAAGCAGGUGGGCAGGAGGCGAAUCUGUCCAUCUUUUUCUCAUAAAUCUCCUCGUUCAGCCGUUCUUUUUCUUUUCUCCCUCAAACGAAGGAGUUUGAGGAGAGAGAGGGGACAUUUGGAGAGGCAAGCAUGGUCAACAACCUGACCGAAUGCGAGGAGGGAGAAGGCGCUGCGAACAGCCAGGGAGAUGGACAACCCAAGGAGAGCAGUCCAUUCAUCAACAGCACCGACCCCGAGAAGAACCAGCAAUAUGAUGGCAAGAACAUGGCCCUGUUUGAGGAGGAGAUGGACACAAUUCCCAUGGUGUCGUCUCUCCUCAGCAGUCUCGCCAACUAUUCCAACCUGCCGCAGGGCAGCAAAGAGCACGAGGAAGCGGAAAACAAUGAGGGAUCGCGCAAGAAACCUGUACAGGCUCCACGGAUGGGCACACUGAUGGGCGUAUAUAUGCCAUGUCUGCAAAAUAUUCUGGGUGUCAUUCUGUUUCUCCGAAUGACCUGGAUGGUGGGCAUCGGAGGGGUCAUCGAAGCCUUUAUCAUCGUCCUCAUGUGCUGUUCCACUACAAUGCUCACUGCAAUAUCAAUGAGUGCUAUUGCCACAAACGGAGUCGUGCCAGCUGGAGGCUCGUAUUACAUGAUCUCUCGUUCUCUGGGCCCUGAGUUUGGUGGAGCUGUAGGCAUCUGCUUCUACCUGGGCACCACAUACGCUGGAGCCAUGUACAUCCUGGGCUGCAUCGAGAUCCUGCUGGUGUAUAUUGUACCACAAGCGGCCAUUUUUAAGAUGGAGGGUCUGGAGGGCGCGGAAGCAGAGGCUGCCAUGCUCAAUAACAUGCGUGUUUAUGGCACACUUGUGUUGAGCUUCAUGGCUAUCGUGGUGUUUGUAGGAGUGAAAUAUGUCAACAAGCUGGCACUCGUCUUCCUCGCCUGUGUCAUCUGCUCCAUCCUCGCCGUCUACGCCGGAGUCAUCAAGACCGCCUUUGAACCUCCCAUUUUUCCAGUGUGUGUGCUGGGGAACCGGACAUUGGUGUGGAAGGGUUUUGAUUUGUGCGCGAAGGUCAUCGAGAGAGAAAACGCCACAGUCACGACCAAACUCUGGCGGCUGUUCUGCGACUCAGAGUUCCUUAAUGCCACCUGUGACAGCUACUUCGCCAACAAUAAUGUCACAGAGAUUCAGGGCAUUCCGGGAGUCACAAGUGGCAUUCUGCGCGAGAAUCUCUUUGGGAAUUAUAUGGAGAAGGGUUCUUUCAUUGAGAAGGUCGGGAUUUCUGCGGUUGUUGAACCGGAUUCCAUCCCAACCAACACUAACCGCUAUGUGCUUGCUGACAUUACCUCUUUCUUUACCAUGCUGGUGGGGAUUUACUUCCCCUCCGUGACAGGUAUCAUGGCUGGAUCGAACCGUUCUGGUGACCUGCGUGAUGCACAGAAGUCCAUUCCUGUCGGCACCAUCUUGGCCAUCACCACCACCUCCAUCAUCUAUAUGUCCAGUGUGCUGCUGUUUGGUUCCUGCAUUGAGGGAACUGUAUUGAGGGAUAAGUUUGGAGAGGCUGUAAGAGGUAAUCUGGUGAUUGGUACAUUGGCGUGGCCGUCGCCGUGGGUCAUCGUCAUCGGUUCGUUCUUCUCCACCUGUGGGGCGGGGCUUCAGAGCUUGACGGGCGCACCUCGUCUCCUACAGGCUAUAGCACGAGACGGCAUUGUGCCAUUCCUCAGGGUGUUUGGCCAUGGAAAAGAAAAUGGGGAGCCCACCUGGGCGCUGCUCCUGACCGCGUGCAUCUGCGAGAGUGGAAUUCUCAUUGCGUCGCUGGAUUCAGUCGCUCCGAUUCUCUCUAUGUUUUUUCUCAUGUGCUACAUGUUUGUGAAUUUGGCCUGUGCUGUUCAAACUCUACUGAGAACGCCCAACUGGAGACCCCGAUUCAAGUUCUACCACUGGACUUUAUCAUUCCUGGGCAUGAGUCUGUGUCUCUCACUUAUGUUCAUCUGCUCUUGGUAUUACGCCAUCGUUGCCAUGGUGAUCGCCAGCUGCAUUUACAAGUAUAUCGAGUUUCGAGGGGCGGAAAAGGAAUGGGGUGAUGGAAUAAGGGGGUUGUCACUCAGUGCCGCACGAUUCGCCCUUAUGCGGUUAGAAGAAGGACCACCACACACCAAGAACUGGAGGCCUCAGAUAUUAGUGCUGGUCAGUAUGGACGCUGAAAUGAACGUGGAGCAACCUCGUCUACUGUCUCUGACCAGUCAGCUGAAGGCUGGGAAGGGCUUGACAAUUGUGGGAACAGCACUGGAGGGAACUUACCUGGAAAACCACCCUCAGGGGCAACAAGCCGAACAGUCACUGAGGAAGCUCAUGGAGAAAGAGAAGGUUAAAGGUUUCUCUCAGGUGGUUAUUUCCUCCAACAUGAGGGACGCCACCUCACAUCUGGUGCAGGCCGGAGGGUUGGGAGGUCUUCAACACAACACUGUACUGGCCAGCUGGCCACGCAACUGGAAACAGGCGGAGGACCACCAGAGCUGGAGAAACUUCAUUGAGCUGGUUAGGGAGACGACUGCUGCCAGUAAAGCUCUGCUGGUGCCCAAGAAUAUCUCGGCCUUCCCAUCAAACGGAGAACGCUUCACUGAGGGUCACAUUGAUGUUUGGUGGAUUGUUCACGAUGGAGGGAUGCUCAUGCUGCUACCGUUCCUCCUGCGCCAGCACAAGGUGUGGAGGAAAUGUAAGAUGCGCAUCUUCACUGUGGCUCAGAUGGAUGAUAACAGCAUUCAGAUGAAGAAAGAUCUGACCACCUUCCUGUAUCAUCUGCGUAUAGAUGCUGCUGUGGAGGUGGUGGAGAUGCAUGACAGUGAUAUUUCAGCGUACACAUAUGAGAAGACCCUGAUGAUGGAGCAGCGUUCUCAGAUCCUCAAGCAGAUCAACCUCACCAAGACUGAGCGUGAACGAGAGAUUCAGAGCAUCACUGAUAGCUCUCGUGGGUCGAUCCGUCGUAAGAACCCGGCUGCGGUCACCACACAGUUGAGCGUCACUGAGGAGCCGGCCGCCAGCAGCAAAGAAGAGAAACCAGAAGAGGAGGAACAGCUGAUUCAUGACAAGAAUACCAACCCCCCCACCCCUGCCACCCCUCAGUCCCCCGCCGCAGACGCCGAGACCCCCGGCACGGCCGUUCAGAUGACCUGGACUGAAGCAAAGUGUGACGGCGAGCAGGCCAAACCGAUCGGAGUCACAACAACAGAGGCCAUCAAAGAUCUCUUCAACAUGAAACCAGAGUGGGAAAAUCUAAACCAGUUCAACGUGAGGCGCAUGCACACUGCGCUCAGACUCAAUGAAGUCAUCACUAAGAAAUCGCAGGAGGCCAAACUUGUUCUGCUCAACAUGCCCGGACCACCUAAAAACAGAACCGGUGACGAGAACUACAUGGAAUUCAUGGAGGUUUUAAGCGAAGGUCUCAAUCGGGUCCUCCUCGUGCGUGGUGGAGGCCGCGAGGUCAUCACCAUCUACUCUUAAAAACUGACCCCAUUUGCCCCCUUUUCCAACUGUCCCAUACUUCCCAGCCCCUACUCCAACCCCAACACACAAGAAACUACCCAGUGUUUCCCAAGCAAUAUCCCAGAGCCCCCUUCAAUCAACCUACCCUAACUGAGACACAUUCCCAUCGACUGGUCUGCAAACCCGUUCUCAUUGGCCAAACAUCACUCUUGGCGUUCUUUCAUUUCUAUUUUGUGGUGGACCAGUGAUCCACUGAUUACUGUGAUUACUGUUUAACGAUGAUGCACUGUUGAUGUCAGUGAGUGUUUGGUUGAUGCCCCCUCGCUGUAGCUUUCCUCCAUGUGCACUACUCUCAACCGUCAAUCACCAUUCUCACCCAAUCAGGAGAAGUCUGGUUCGAUUGUUGUUUUGUUUUUAAUGUUCUUUGUUUUGAGAAAGAAGAUGCAGUACAUGACAUUCUAGGGUCAAUGAAGAUGGAUUCGACUUUCACAACUAUGGCAAACGAAUGCUGCAGAAAAUUUUUGCUUUGGUAGAAAUGGAUCUUCUCAACAUCUUGUCUCCUGAACUUUGGGAAAAGAUUUUCAAGGUUUGAACUCGACCCUCAUCAUCGAGUUGAAAUUCAUCAAUCGCACUGAAAUUGUGAAAAGAGAUUUUAGAAUUAUGAGUGUUUACUGAGAAAACAAGCUUAACAAAUUUUGAAGUCAACAUGAAAUCAAAACUGAAUCUAUUUACUUUCUAAAUACACAUUCCUGCUCUUAUGGGUGCACGUCAUUCAUAAUUGUUCAUCACAGUGCUCCGCCUCUGAAACGACUUUACAUUUCAACUGACAUCACCAAGCCCUCUUAUUUUUCAGUGCCCAUCCAUUCUCAUUGAAUAUCCUGUUACAGAAAUGCAAAAUAGGUUGCGAAUGCCAUUUCAUGUUGACUUUAAGAUUGAUUUGUUUACUGUAUGUAUAUUUCCACACAAAGUCCUUGUGUUUUAUCUGCCUUUGUGUCUCAUCAACCUCUUUCAUCCCUUUUGUUUUUUCCUUUUUGUUUUAAGGUGGCUAGCUAUCCCCCUGCUGACUGUAAACACGAUAUGUGCCAAAAAUUAGACUGGCAGGGUGUGCGCCUUACUGUCUGACAUCGAAACAGCAAACGAGAGUUGUUUAUCAGUGUAACUGAAGCUGUAAUUAGCAGAAAAAAGAGCCCCCCCCCACCACAAAAACUAAAACUAAACAAAAAACUACUCCACUCCGAAGUGGUGUAAAUAGUGUAUAAGGCAUUAUUACAUAUCGAUGUAGUAUUUUUAUUGUGAAAUAACCGAAGCUUCUGGUGCAAAAAAACGCUGUUUUUUGUGUGGCUACAGGCUUCUCAUUAUGGUGGCUUAAAGUGUACUCUGUAGUACCGAACUUCCCCUACCCUACAAGCACUCAACCUGCACUGACAGCCACUGUGUAACAAAUGAUUUAGUGAGUCGAUGGAUUCAUUAAAUGAACGUGUGCGUGCGUGUUUGUGUGAGCAAGUGAAUGAGUUGCAUUCUUGAGCAUAUGGAAGUUACCCAUUUUUCCCCAUUUUGCAAAAAGAAAACCGUUCGUUGCAUUUACAGAUAAAUCUAUAUAAAUGAUCUAUUUCAUAGGCAAAAUCUAUAUUAUCCUUGGUGGGAUAUGCCAGAGCUAUAUAAAAAUGUUUUGCCAAACGUAGAUUUCACUCGUGCCAUAUGAAUGAAAAUGUGCAUUUUUGUCAAUAGAAUUAAAGUAUUGAUGCCUCGGUCACUUUAAAAAGAGAUAUAAAAUAUGAUGCUGCGUCCAGUUCGAAAUUAUCAUAAUUACAAGUUUUGUCUUGUGAAAACUGCGAACAUCCUUAUUAAUCUGUUUUAAUUUGAAAACACUGUUUUCGGGUUACUAACGUCAUCAUUUCCAAAAUAUGCGGUAAAUGGAGAGCAUUUUCGAAAUGCUAUAUUUUCAGUGGAGGAAAGCAGCAUUCUAGUGUGGAUGAAAGGCUUAAACGUAGUGAAAUUAAUGAAAGCUCCGGCUUCUCCCAUUUGAUCGGUUUCAAUAGUUAAAGGUUGUUAGGUAUCAACCUCUGCUUGAUGUCAUAAUGAGUUACUAUUGGGUUAAUAUUUAGCAAGAGAUAAAUUUACGUGGGAAUAUGGUGUUUUGCUGUCAUUGUCAACAAAGCUGCGCAUGGAUGCAUUUUUAGGUCAGAGCUGUAAUUAUGGUAAUUUUGACAUUUUUAAUGUGGCAAUAGAUUGAGCUGGAAUGAAACUAGAGAAGCAAGGGUAGUAUAGAUUUGAAAAUGGAUUGAAUAAUGUCCAUAAAUCUAAACUCUAUGCAGUGCAACUGUAAUACAUUAGCCAAAUCAUACAGUCAUAUCAUGAUACAGAUGCAAAUUCAUUCUUCAGCCUUCAUUUAGGCUAAAAACCAGAUAAAAUUUUGAGUUUAGGUUAGAAAGUGUAUUUUUGAGAACGUAAUAUGUAAAAUUGGGAAGUCAUAUAUUCAUUCCAUUAUUUAUUUUUGUAGGGAUAUAGGCUAUUUAUAAAGUUUCGUUUUACUAUCAAUUUCAGAUAGAAAUACCAACAACUACAUAUAUAUAUAUUCAUACGUAAAUACAUAACUUGAAUCACUGGUGAGAAAGUAUAUAGUUUACAGAAAUUACAGAUGUAUUACAGAAGUUAUUUUAUGUUUUAAACAUUGGAAAACCUCUCAUAACAUGAAUGCUGCUGCUAGUGUAUGAAUAGAUUAAUUUGAAAUGUGCAUUUACAUAGAGUGAAAGAAGAAAAUAUUUAAAGGUAUAUUUACAAGGUAAUCGCGGGGAGGGGUUGACACUGCGAACGCAAACAUAUACUGCCGUUUGCAUCAAAAACAAGCAGUUUUGAAGACCUCAGCCUUAUAUAAUCAGCUUUAUCAUGUUUUAUUUAUCUAAUUUAUAUUCUGUUUUUGGCCGAACGGUUGUAAGUUCAACUGACGGCAACAACAGUCACUUUCCACACACUAAAUCGGAACGAAACACAACCAUGCAUUGAAACAUUAUGUAUUUUAACGAAGUACUGCCUGCAUAGACUGAGCCUCUGAUGAUGUUUUAAGAACAAAUUAAGAUUAGUUAGUUUGAAGAUGUUUUUAGCGAACUCUUGCGAAAUUUAUCGUUCUACUCCUGUCUGCAUGGUGUAUGUUGGAGAAUUUGUUUUAGAUGAUUUACGUAACGUGUGAAAAGACGUAAAUGGCCGUUCCUGGUGAAACGUCAAGGCAGCUUUUUCUGACUGUUGCCAAUUGCCGACUUUUUUAAGCAGUGGCAAAACGGCUAAAUACCUGCCCAGAGGUAUCAAGGGAAAAUGUGUGUGUGUGUGUAUAGCAUUAUAAUGUGUAGUGUAUUGGUACACAGAUCAUGUUAAUUAGAUUAGCGUGAUUAUCGGUGUGCGAUGCGCAUUGUAGGCGUCAUUUUUUGGCUUUGUAUAUAAUAUCACUAUUGAGACACUGUAGCUACAGGGUUGUUCCUUGUUGUGUUUGUUAGGAUGCUUGUCAUACACUGAAAAAAAAAAAGUUUUUUUUCCAACAGUAAUGUGCAAAAUUGAUUUUGAUGGAAAAUGGAACGUAGGGGGUAUUUCAAUUGACAUUUUUAGUUUGCCCACGAGUCUGCUUCUCUUUGAAUAGUCCUGGACCAUGUAGUUCAUCAGCGUGCUUAGUAUGCAAGAGAAGUGUGCGUCACAUCUGUUCUAUGGUGGCUGAGAUAGAAAUGCACUUUAUACAGAGUAAUCGUUCUUUACGUCCAUGGUGACAGUGACGAUUGAGUUGCCAGAGUCAUGAGCAUGCCAGAUCAUUUAGACGCCGACGCCUCUAGUGGCAGAAGUGUGAACUGCAGUCAUUUCAUUUAGAGGAGCAGCCGUACGGUGAAGUUAUCGCGUCGAGUUUGCAGACUGGACAGAUUUGUUUGCCGCAGUAACGUACUACCUGGAAAUAUUAAUUUUAUUAUGCUGUCAAAAUGUGUGUUUGCAGUUUAUUUGGCAUGAAAUUCUAGCAUUUAUUUUAAUUUAUUGAAAAUGAUUAAAAGAGUAUAUGUAGAAGUAAAAAAAUAAAAAUAAAAAAGAGAAAAAAAAAAGAGAUAUUUCUUACACAAAUCACUGAAUUGAUGUGGUGACAUUUCCUUAACAAUACCCUUCCUCCCAUAAACCCUCCUUCACCAUGCAUCAUUCCACCAUUCUAAACCUACAAGCACCGUAUUGAAAUGUGAACACUGUAUAAAUCCGAUCAUAUAAAAAUUGAUAUAUAAACAAGCGCUUCCACUGCUGGGCUUGGCUCUAUUCAAACUGACAGUGGACAGAGUACUAUCAGUGUUAUCUUUUUCAUUUAUUCAACAUUACAUGAUAAAACCUGGCUCAUGUGUAGCAAGAAGAGAAAUCCAGGAUUCUGUAUUCCAUCGUCAAGGAAUAUUGAGGUGUUCUCUUGGGAGCAGACACAUUUUGGAACAAAAAGGGCUCUAAAGUUUACUUUAGUUUUAAAGUUUCUCACCUACUGAGACUGACCCGUGCCAGUUGAUGUUCAAAAAAUGGAAAUCUCACUUUAUUUUGAGAGUAUUCAUUGAAUUAACCUAGCCCCAUAACAUACCUUGACCUCUGAGGUCACUUCAAGCUUUUAAGGCUAGUAUUUGUUUUGUGAAACAUUCCAGUAACAUUGCAUGAACACUGAACAUGCAAACCGCAACUUCAGUAUGUCUGCAAGCUCUUAAAGGGAUAGUUCACCCUAAAAUGAAAAUUCAGUCAUUGUUUACUCACCCCUGUGUUGUUAUAACCCCAUAUGACUUUCUUUCUUUUUCUUAACACAAUGGGAGAAUUUUGGGAAAAAAAAUAG